AUGUCUCAGCAUUAUCCUGAAGACUUGAAGUUGCUGGUGGCAGAUAUAUGUGCUAUCGGAUCGCAAUUGCAUCCCGGGACUGAGGACGAUUUGGAGUCGUUACUUACUUGGCUGAAUCCAAACGAAACUAACAGCAAUCAUCAAUUGCGGCCGCCUGCUCUACGAUUGAAAAACACCAUUAAAGUAUUUGCCAAUCAACCUUUCAAUAGCAGUUUUAGCAACGACGGUAAUUUUGAAGGGAUUAAUGGACUAGAGAAGGAAUUGCUUAUCCUGCUGCGACAGUACUACAUCUUCCAAGUCAGACUCAAUUUUUUCUUUAGAUUUGAUAAUAUAACGACUUUUAAGGACAUCCAGAGGCUUGAAACAUAUUACGAAUUCCCUCUGAAACAUGUUUUUCUGUUCCAGCGUAAUGCUGAGGAAUGGAUUGUGGAGCGGAAUGAUCUAAGACACUACCUAUUGAAUAAAAAUAACAAGUUCAAAGUACAGUUGAGGCAAAGACUGCGAACCCUAAUUAUGGACGACGAUUUUGAUCUAGCAUGCGAUGUUAUACUUUUCUUAAACGAAGCGCAAGGUGCCCUAUACUCCAGAGAUAUAUUGCUCGAUUUAAUGUUAAUCAAGAUAUCCCAUUUUUGCGAGAAACAUAUGGAAAACAUCUAUGGGCACCAUUUUUUAGUCAUGGAAACAUUUAAUAGCUUUAUCCUAAAGUACUGGAGUUAUUUCGCGAGAUUGUUGGGAUGUCCAGAGGACGAUCAUGGAUUGACUACCAUAAUUUAUAAUUGUUUUGAAAAACAGUUCAUAAAGAUAAGAAUAAAAGAAGUGUUUGAUGUGUUUAUCAAUGAAUACCCUGAAUCGAAACCGACCAUUUUAGAAAUGAAAAAAGUGCUACACCAUACUGAUGAUUUCAAGCAGCUUGUUAUGCAGUUUCUGUCAGCGUUUGAAGCAAAAAUAUUAAAUCCUAGUGUUACCACGGUUGAUGCUUUACUUGCGUAUGUAAAAUCGAUCAAAUCGUUUUUGCUUCUAGAUCCCACAGGCAAAUAUUUGAAUUCUGUGGUGUUAUUUGUAAAGGCAUACUUUCAGGAAAGGCAUGAACUAGUGGUUAUACUACUAUAUGCCAUUUUAGAUUUGCAAUCAGAAGAGAUAUUUCAGCAUAUAAAUCUGCCAAUAGAUAUGAAACGCUUGAAAAUUCUGGCAGAAGAGCUAAGAGACCCUGAUUUUAACAUUGAAUCUAAACACCGUGCAGGGGGGCAUUUUGAGAAAGGGACUGAAAGUUUUUUCAAUGAAAGUUCAAGUGGCAAGGCAGGUAGUGAUACUCAAUUGUUAUAUCAAGGCGUUUUAGAAAAGUUUCUAACAUGGACCCCGGAGCCAACAGACUCAAUACCGAGACCUUUCAAUCAAAGUCAUAGAAAUCUCUUGGAUGUAUUAACGAAUAUGUUCGAAUCUAAAGAGUUUUUCGUCUCCGAAUUUUUGAAACUUUUGAGAAAGAAAUUGUUGACACUAAAGUACUACAAACUGAAUCGUAACUGGUCAAAAUGUUUGAAAUUAAUGAAAGAAAAACUCAAAAAUGAGGGCAGUCGGAUGCCCAAUCAUGAGUCAAAUGCGAAUGAAGAGUCAGCUAAUAGUAAUAAUAUGGCAGUUAUGUUGAGGGAUACAAAGAACAGCGAGGACCUUUGUAAGAGAAUGCAUCAAAUUACUGAUUUAGACCCCAGGAUUUUUCCAAAGUUCAUAUCCUUUUUAUACUGGGACCGAAAACUUGACUAUAAAAAUGAUACAACAAUUGAUUUCAAGCUGACAGAAGUUUUAUCGCAUGAAUUAGAGAAGUAUCGUAACGUCUACAAAGAAUUGCAGCCUGGACGUACUUUGCAGCUUUGUAAAGAUCAAGGCGUAGUUGAACUAGAGUUAUCUACCAGAGACGGUUACACUCAAAAAUAUGAUGUGACACUAGAACAAGCCACAGCCAUUCAACUUUUUGAUGGUGGUGAAAGUAAUGAACGCAUAUUUCUAUCUCUAGGCGAAGUAAGUAUCCAGAUGGAAAUAGGUGAAGAAAGAGCACAAAGAGUUCUGCAGUUCUGGAUUGGCAAGAGUGUGCUGUACAAAAAUCAUCAAGAUUUGUAUGGCUCCUGCGAAGGUCGGGAACAGGAAGUACGUGCACAGCAUCAGAGCCCGCAUAAGACCUCAAGUUAUAGUCAAGACAGUCUUUUGUCACAUGAACAAGAUGAACAAGACACGAAAGAAUUUUCCAAUAAAAUAUGGCCUUUCAUAGAAGGUAUGCUGAGAAAUUUGGGCAGUUUGAAAGUUGAAAAAAUACAUGCGCUUCUGAAAGUAACUUUACCGAAGGACCUUGGCUACGACAUGAUUACUCAUAAUGAUCUGGAGUCAUAUCUAUCAAUGUUCGUUGAUGAUGAGAAAUUGGCUGUUCUUUCAAAUAAAUCCUAUAAAUUGAUCAACUAG